UAUAUAUAUUAUUCAACGCAUAGUAUGCAAGUCACGAAUGCUUCGAGAAAAGAAUGGUAAACAAAUAUAAGAAAAAAUGGAGAACCUGGAAAACAACCUGAGGAAUGAAGACCUGGCAGUGCCAUCAAUGGAAUCAAGAGAGGAUUCAUUUGAGACAGAGUAAUUUUUUAAAACAAUCAGUGGAAGGCACUAAGAAGAGGACCGUCAAAAUUCUAACAGAAUCUAUGAUAUGGGAAGGGGAAGAUGUGAAUACAAAAAUGGACAGGAUGCACAGAACCAGCAUAAACAUUUGUUUCAAGCAAAAUAUCUAUGCACUUGCCCAGGAAGAUGAUGAGAUCAAGUUAUGCAACAGUAAUUCAACACUAAGCACCUAUGUUUACCCUGAAAGUGCAAGUUAAUGAUAUAAUCAGUCAUCAGUACCUACACCAAGCUGUUGUGGACAUCUUUGUCAACUACACUAAAACAAAUUCUACUCUAACUGGAAAGAAUGGCGCAGUAUUGAUACAGGUUCCCUAUCAGCUAGGCCUGAGUUUAACCAUUGUUUCUUAUAAAGAUGGUUACAUGUUAACACCUUUACCUUGGAAAACUGGGAGAAUGCCAAUAUAUUCAUCUGUUACGCUUUCAUUGUUCCCCCAAAGUCAAGCGAAUAUAUGGCUGUUUGAUGAUACAGUUUUAAUCACUGGGAAACUAUCUGAGGCCAAAUCUCAGCCAAGUGUUCAGUUUCCAAAAUACUUAAUUAAACUACCUGUGAAUCACCAUAUCACCAAUGUAACAGCGUAUCUUACAGUGCCACAACAGUUUUUAAAAGUGGAGCAUUUCUUCUAUACAACAGGAAUUCUUUUAAAUAAAUCAGGUUUCAAAAGUAUUGAACUGACUCCCCUUGCUGCAAUUUGUGUAAACUUAUUUUCGAGUGGGAAAGAACUGCAGGUGGAUGGCUCCAUUCAGAUCACCUUACCUCUUUUGCCUACAACUGCGGUAAAAGCAGGAGAACCUAUCUCAGCCUGGACUUUCGAUAUGAAAACGGGUGCUUGGAUUAAUCGUGGUUUGGGAAUGGUAAAGAACAUCAAUGAUCACUUAGUAUGGACGUAUACUGCUCCAAGUCUGGGAUAUUGGAUAGCAGCCCCAUUGUCUGGAGCCAGAGAUUCCAUUAUUACAACAGUUACUAAAGAUAUCACUGCCUACCACACAGUAUUCCUCACGGCGAUAUUAGGAGGCACUGUCACCAUCAUUGCUGGUUUCUUUGCACUUCUGCUUUGCUAUUGCAGGGAUAAAUGUGGUCGUCCAAAAAAGAGAAAGAAAAAUCCUACUAAACUAGACAUUUUAAAAAAAGACCAAACAACUUCAACAACUCACAUAAAUCAUAUUGGUGCAGCCAAAGCGUCUUUGAAGCCAGAGGACAAAUCUAGAUUGUAUUCACCCAGAGUAGCAUUUUAUAGCCCCCAGAGACGGGUUUCAGCUGAAGGUGAGGAGAGGAAAGCCCAAGACAGUUUUAAAGUUUACACAGAAGGUACUCCAUAUCAAUUCUCUGGUAAAAAUCUCCAGUGUAGGAGUUCCCCCCAGUCCUUGGAAACCAAAACAGAAUUGAGACAUCUUCCGCCAGUUAAACACUUCAAUGGAAGUCUUCCUCCUUCCCAAAAUGUACAAGAACAGAAUCAGUAUCUCCCAAUGACUGAGGAAAUCUAUGGACUCUCUUCCCUCCCAGAACAAUUAAUGCAUCUCUAUAGCCAACCUGGUGCUAUGCUUCAAACAUCUGAACUAUUUCACUCCCAGGAGCAAUUGCAUGCUGCAAAGUCAGCUACUUUACCAAGAAAAGGACAGUUAGUCUAUACCCCUGUGAUGGAGAGUAUGAGUCACGAAAGUUAUACGCAGACAUUGCCCAAAAUGCCAAUGCAUGCUCACUUGCAGGAACCAACUUCCGGAGAUGAAACAGUGGCUAUAGAUAGGCAACAAGGCUUGUCUCCUCAGACUGCCAACUGGGGCCGCUACACUAGUAGCUUGCUGGAGUCAGUUUCUGUCCCAGGAACGUUAAAUGAAGCUGUGGUGAUGACACCAUUUUCAUCAGAACUUCAGGGCAUUUCAGAGCAAACCUUACUUGAGCUUUCAAAAGGAAAACAGUGUCCACAUCCAAGAGCGUGGUUUGUGUCACUGGAUGGCAAACCAAUAGCUCAAGUGAGGCAUUCGUUCAUUGAUCUCAAGAAGGGCAGGAAGACUGAGAGCAAUGAUACUAGCUUAGACUCAGGUGUGGACAUGAAUGAGCAUAAUCCAAGUCGAAAAUUGGAGAGGGAGAAAACCUUUAUUAAAAGCACGCAGCAUUCUAAGAUACUUUACCUAGAAGACUUGGAUCUGAGUACCAGUGAAUGUGGGACCAUGCUUUCAACCCCGGAGGAUCAAGCUGUGAAGCACAUGCCAGAAGGAAGUAAUGACCCCAUCAUAGAGGAAGAGCUCCUGGAAGAGAUGCCUAGAAGAAAAAACACGGCAAAAAAACACGAGGCCAGCCCUCCCCCUGGGAAGAAACAGGGAAGACCACGUCUAACUAAGACAGAAGGCAAAACAAACAUCUGGAAAAAAAAAGACGAGAGACCACUCAUUCCAAAAAAUUAACAUUACAGUGAUGUUUAUCUUCUGAUUGUUUCAUGUCCAGUAGACUUUACCUCCUCUCUAUCAUUUUAUUUGUAAAUUUGCACUGGUCAUUUUCAGUGGGGCAGUCAGAUUUAGGUGACAUUGCUUUUUUAAGACACAGAGCAGAUUACACCUUCAUAAGGAGUAUUGUUUUCUGAAAACCAGCUCAUCUUGCUUUCAACAGUUGUUAUAAUAUCAGGACGUUUGUAAAACUAUAUGUGAAAGAUUAUUCUGUGGUGUAUCUGCAAGGACAUAUUUGCAUUCUCUGGAAGACACUAGUAUGGCAUCUCAUUUACAUGCUUUGAAAUUAGACAACUGGCAAGGAAGAAGUUUUGUUGAUACCAAAUUGCAUUGGUUUAGAAAAAAGUGUUUGUUAUUUUUGCAACUAGUGUCUGAUAAUGGAAAUUGUCAUAAUAUGGUUUGAUAUUGUGUAGUAUGGUAUUUUUCAUCGAAAUGCCAAUAGGGAGAUCUUGUAUUUCGUAUCUAAUAGAACAUCCUGCCUCACUAUAAUUCCUAUAUAGCUUUUUCUGGCGGGGGAAGGAAAAUUAAGGACUUGUUAUCCAGAAGGUAUUUCUAGUGUGAAGACUUCUGCCAUUCCAAUUUGUAUUGAGCCAAAUUGUGCUCCAUUUUUAGGAUAGCUGCAUUUAUAUUGUUGUAAUAAAGGCAGAGUUUGGCUCUUUUAUGCCCACAAUGUGUGCCAUUGUAAACAUGGCCAAAAAGAUGCCUUUUGAGACAUUUCCACCAGAAACAGCAUUCUGUACUAGCCUUAAAAAGAUAAAAGAGAUGCCGCAUCAGGCAAUUUGAUAAUGUGCCACUCUUUUCAGCUAGCAUUGUCAUAAGUCAUGAAAGUCAAUUGUUGCUUAUAAGAUGUUAAAAUCUAUUGGAGUUAAAUUUAGCCAUAACAUAUAAUUUGUUAAUAAAAAAAUUGGGACAGUGGGACCACUUUGUUAUACCCAAAUUUUUUAAUCUAAUAAUAAAUCUGCAAGGCAGACAAAAUAAAGGAGAACAUCAUAGUUUGAUAGUAUGCAAAAUGGAAGAUUUUGGAAAGUUCCCUGGGGAAGGAUUCCAAUGUGUAUAGAUAAGCCUUUCUUAAUGAAAGUUAUGGAUUUUGGAAUCUACAUGGAGUCCUCUAAAACAAACACAUUGCAGCCCCAAAUAUAGUUACUUGGAGAUAGAUUCUGUUGAUUUCAGUGGAAUUUUUUUCACAUAAAAGCACAAUUAAAGCUAAAAAUGCAUACAUUUACCUGAAAUUAAAAGACAACCUAUUAUUUUCCCCUGAACAACUUUCACCAUCACCUUUUCAGUGGAGAUCGCAAUUAAGAUGUUAACAAGUUUGUACUAUAUCUUUCCUAAUAUUUUUAAUACAAUAUGGAAAUAUUCAUCCAUUUACAUUUGAUGUGUUUGUUAUGAGACACUUUUAAGUAGAAGAAUUGGUGUAAAAAUGGGAGGCGAACAUAUUGGGGGAUAAAAGGAGGACUUGACAAAUAGGCAUUAACAUGGCCAAAUGCUAAAUGGCAUUAGCCAUUUCUGCAAAUAGGGCAAAAGUAAAAUUUCAUGCUGGACAAUUAUACAUAAUGUCUUUGUACUCAACAUGGCAAGUGUACUUUGUCAACUGAUUUACCAUUCACUAGAAGUACUGUGUGUCCUAACUGGAUUGUGCACUAUGAACAUGUUCAGGGACUCUCAAUUGGGGCAUCUGUAUAUAUUGAAUGAAAACUGGGAUUUGGCCUGUAGGACAACAGCCAUCCUUAGGUUAUAUAAUUCAUUAAGGAGUUAAAACACUGAUUAUAUGAAGAACUGAUUGUAAGAGAUAUAAAAGAAGGAACUAUAGAAGAAAGAAAUGUUCACAAAUGUUUGUUUGUUCUUUGAAUAAUAAAUUUGUUUCUGAUAAUUCAUUUUUGGCUAAGAGAAAAAUAGAUCUCCGUUAAGUGAAUUAUCGCUAGAGAAUCCUGUUAACCAAAGUAUUUUCCAGAAUUUUGAUUUUUGCAAUCAGCUAGAAAAAUCUAAUGAUACUAAUUUUGUUAGUUCCUAAAGUCAAAGAAAAAUGAAACUUAUGCAAACUAGAGGCUUUUCAUAUUCCUUUUUCCAUUUGUCAUCUCAUAAUCAUUUGAGGACUGGCUUAUUUCUAUUGCAGUAAGGCUGUAGCCUCUGAAAUCAUGGUUGAAGCGUUAACCACCCUAUUUUUUCAGUUCAAAACUCAUUUGUCUCAUUUACAUUGAAAUAAAUAGAAAAUUUGGAUACCAGGAACUAUAGGUUCAUGGUGGACAGUGGACAGGUGGCACAGAAAUGCUCCAACUUAUAGCGUGGCAAUGGUCUUUCUGAGUGUGAACAGAAAAUAUCCUACCUUGCUAAAAAAUCUAACAUUAAAUGUUAAAAGUUUGGGAUUUAUUAAUGGACAGAGAAUCACUUUUAUUUAUAUAUGAUCAGAAAAAAAUUAUAUUAAUAUUUUUAGUUAUCUUUUUAAUACUUUCAUAAGGCUUUUUUGUUUUGAAAUAAUACAGAGAAAUGAAUAUAAAUAAUAAAAAGGCUCUCAUAAAUUUGUUACUAUGAAUGGAAGGAUAGUAACAUUUCAAUCAAAAUCAAAAGAUUUGUCAGAACAAAAAUGGAGUAGUUCUGAAUGACACAACUUUUAUUGAACUACCUACAUUUUGGGUUUCCUUUUCUUAAAAAAAUGUGAGGAAAAAAUGGAACUUUGAAAGGCACAAUGAUACAGAAAUGAUGGAUUUUGAGUAAAAUAUUCUAGUUGGUUUGUCUCAACUUAUGAGAUUUGAAUUUCUACUUAUUUGCAGGUCAUUGUGUAUGAACUGAUGGGAAAGAGAUAAAUAGAUCCUCUGAGGAUUUGGGUUACUUUUACUGGACUAGUGUAAUAUGCAUACCAUAGUCUGCAGUAGUGGAUUUUUUAUGAAAAUAUGUAUGUGCUUACAGAAUAUAUCUGAGACAAAAUGGACAUUUUCUUCAGUUUGGAAAUAAAUGGAGCCAAUACUAAUUGGCUGCAUAGAGAUGAUGAACUCACUUGUUAUUCUGUUCUUGCAUUGAAUCCUACAAUGGUAGUACAUCCAAAAGCUUUUUUAAAAAUACAAUCUACAUUUUACAUUCAAACAUUUUACUGUCUCAUCUGCAGCUUGUUAAGUAGGGCAUGUUAAAUUUUUAAAUUUUCAAUUUCCAAACGUUAGGAGUGUUCAAAAGUUGUGACCUGCCUUGGGGAUUGUAAAGAUAUUUUGGUUACUUUAAUAUAAUUUAUAUAAUAUAAUUUAUAAUAUAAUUUAUAUUUUGGUUACUUUAAUAUAAUUUAUAUAUAAUUAUUACUUUAAUAUAAUUUAUAUAUUAUUUAUAAUAUAAUUAAUAUAAUGUAAUAUAAUUUAUAUAACUACAUAUGUAGUUAUGUAUAACUACAUAAAUAUCAUAACUUUUAAACAUUUUAUUUCAACCAGAAAAAUCUUUACCUCUUUAAUUGUUCACAUUAUUGGUUCUUACCAGAGUGUGCAUGAAAGGGUAAGACUAAGAAUAUUUAAAAUUUAAUCUAAGCACAAAUACCUCUCUGGGUAUGUGGGAUAUAUAUUAAUGACUUAAAUAUAAUGUAUAUUAAACUAUUUUUGGAAGUCACUUUCAGAAAAUAAAUGCUUUUCUCUUCAUAUGUGACACAUGCACUGAAAUAGCACCGGACAUUUUAAGCGUUUUGGAAUAUUAAAUAAUUUUCAAACAAGAAAUGUUUUUGCCAUUUUAUAUUUAAACAGCACUGAUAGAAUUAUGCCUAGUAAACUUUUGAUGGUGAUAUUCCUCUUAAUGCCUAAUCAAUAUUUCUGAAAUAAUUCAUUGUUUAGCAUUUUGUAUCAAUUAGUUGUAUUGGCUGAAAUUUAAACUAAUUCUGAAAAUAACAAACAGAAUUGACAAAUAAUUGUACAUUUCCCAAUUGUGAUACACUGUUCUUUAACUUUAAAAUAUACUGGUGUGUAAUUCUCCAGCAUAUAUAGAAUCUUUGUGGGUUUUUAAAAAUGUAUUUCUAUGUCAUACCAGUUCAGUUUUACUGUAUUGCAUGCAUGUUAACAGAGCAGUUCUAUGCAUGCUUAUUCAGAAGGAAGUUCUUUAUAGUUCAAUGGAAUUUCCUGCUAAAUAAGUAAAUAUACAUAUGCUUACAGUCUUGAGAGUAUAGCUUGUAUUGAAAAUCAAAUUUUGAAAACAGCAAUGGCUUACAAAACAGAACAGAAUCUAAAAUAGACAUUGAAACAGUUCGGGUUUAUUUCACCACUAAAAUAAACCCUUUAGGACAUAUAUUGUUAAAAGUUGAGAGAUUCUCUAAUAGAGGAACUGCUGAAUAUUCAACAAUUCCAACCCCAUGUGAUAUAUAGAGAUGUUUAGAUAAAUUUAGACUCCAUAUUUACAAAAUUGGCCAUUAAAAUUACAUCAUUUAGGUCAGUCUUGCUGCAUUGGGGCCUACCUGUUCAUCCUGCCAAUUAGAGGCCUGAAGUUUGCCCCUCUCUAUCAUUCAGUGCAGUUAUUAUUUUUACCUACCACCAAAGCAGACAGCCCAUUUUCCAUUGUUGCUGUUUAAGAGACUAGUUUGAUACUUUCUCAUACAUAUGCUGCACCAGUUUCAUAUUGCUAUAGUGCUUUGUGUUAAGGGAAAGAAAUGCAGAGUGGCUUAUUUCAAAAGAAGUUCACUAUUAAUUAAGACUAGUCAUUGAAUCAUGUAAAGGUUGAUAAUCUAAUUCACUGCAGAAAUUGUAGCCCAGUUCUUGCCAUAUUAGCCCUUCCUUACUAGAUAACGAGAAUAAGGACUCCUUUUUCACAGCAUAUUUUAAAUUUGUUUUAUGGUUUAUUAAUGCUGAUCCUUUUCAUUUUAUUUUUACAUUUUUCUACCAGGAAUAGCUGUUUAUGUCUGUGCAACUACUGCGGUGCCAAUGGAUUGUCUAUAUCUUAUAAUUUAUAAAACACUGUUAAAUUUAAUUUAAAAAAUCUUACCAAUAACUUUGUGAUUCUUGAUUGUUUAAAAAAACAAAUUGUUGCAUCUCAUAGAGAAUGUGUUACAGCCAUUCACUGUACAGCUACACAAUACUAGUAUCAGGGACUCUUGAAAGGAACAGCUUGCAGAAAUUGCUUAGAUGCCAUGCUUCAAGAAGUGAGUUAGGCAACAUUAGAUAAUACCUGCAGGUGCUGCUGCUUCAGAAUGACAAGCUUGGAAAUAAUGAAUCUAGGUUUAAAGGGUUGUGACAGUCUUGACAGUCAUGCAUGGUGAACCCAUUAUAUUGAGAGUUGGAAAUAUAGUCAUUGUUGAUCCAUAUGGAUGUUCUAGUAUUAAUUAUAAUCUUGGUUAGAAAACAUGAAGUGGCAUAUAUGAAUGCCUGGUUCAAGUAUUCCCAUUAUUUUAUUCCACAUUCUGUCAUUGUUUAAUGAUCAUGGUGACUUGCAAUUCUGACUGUAUGUACACCCUGAAUGUAUAUGGUGUUUUCUCUUCUCCAUAAAAGAAAAUAUCUCUUUGAAUAUA